AAGACCAUUGUCUCAUUCUUGGUCUAACCGCCUUAGCAUGUGGUUCUUAUAGCAAGAGUGUGCUCGAACCUUCGGAAAGAAAAAGCUCUUAUAAAUACGUACAAAUUCGUAUACGGAUAAAAUAUACUUGAAAACCUUCAGAGUGUUAAACUAUUGUUUUUGUGUUUGCUGAAUCUUUCCUUUUUGUUUUCAAUUGUAUCGGCUUUAAUUUGUUUAUCAUUUUGAACACUUUACCGAUAAGAUACAUUUAUAAGCUUAUCACAAAGUUUACCACCCCAAAUUCACCUCUUCAACCAUUCCUCAUUUGUCUCUGUGGGGGUAGGCGAAAAGAAAAAGAUAAACAAAUCGAUUCGUUAUUUUAAUUUUCGCAAUUUUUAACAAGUCGGUAGUCGUCGUCGUGAACGUGCGUUUGCAGUAAUCAUCAAGUCACCACGUAGCACGCAGUGUCUGUUCUCCUAUUCACCAAACCAAACCAUCAAAGGGAAAGCUUUUCACAUUCUACCCAAAACAACCCUAAAAUAAAUAGACACUAAACAAGAAACAUAAUGUCUGAUAUUAAGCCAAAGUUAACACUUCGUGCUGGUGUAAAUGGCGCCGAAAAGACACCAUCACCCUCAACGAAGCUUAUGCUAAAUCACGGCAAACCAAAUUUCACCAUCAAUCGGACCAAGGUAAAGAAUGAUUCGCAAUGCCCCUUCUCUCCAACAAAUCCAGAAGCGGCUACAGUAGUUUUGAAGAGCACUGCGAAUAGCACAUCAAAUGGUUAUGUCAAGCCCACACUUAUGAAAAUUCCCCUUAGUAGUGAGAAUGAGGUAAGCAAAGUUGUCCUAAGGCGAACAAAACUGCCAGAAGAAAAUGAAAAACCUGUACAGCAGGAUGAAGAACCUGAAUUCGUUAAAGCUCAGCGAAAGAUUGCCGAACGUUUGGCCAAUCAGAAUAGUCUGGACUUUGAAACUCGUAAAAGCGGAUACUUUACACACGUCAUGAUAUCACCAACAUCACCCACAAAACAAAUGGAGCUUCCCGUCGUUGCCGAUCAUAAAAUCGAAAAAGCUUCAGUUGUUGAAGUUGUAAGUGAAAGGACUGUUGAGCCUGUUGUAGAGCCUCAGAAACCUGUUGAAGAGCCUGUUAAAACUGUUAAAGAGCCUCAGAAACCUGUCGAAACGCCAAACGAAUCUGCUACAACUAAAAUUAUUGAUGAAAAGAGUGAAACUGAGAAGAAGGACCAACCAAAUACGGAAACACCCAAAGAAAAUGGCCACGAUUCUAGUCAAAUAAACGGAUCGGUCGAAGAAGAGAAACCAACCGAAGUUGUUGAAGCCGCUAAAGCCAUGAUCGAAGAACUAGUUGAAAAUGUUGCCAAAGAAAUUCCAUCAGAAAAAAAAGAAGAAGUUCCCACACCAAUUCAAAACGGCCACGACAACGGUGUUGAGAAACCCAUCGAAAAUGGCGUUCACAACGGAAGUGAUAAAGAUGUUGUUACAAAUGGUGAUUCCAUCAGUGAAAACCAAUCACAAGAAAAUGGAGUUGUUUCUUCCCAAAGCGAUGUCAACUUUGAACCAAAAACUGUCACCUCAUUCGCCAAAGAUCUGUCAAGCGAACCCAACAAAUAUCCAGACACAGUUAAGAUCGUCACAGAAGUUCCACCAUCUGCUACGGAACAGGAUGAUUUAAUGAAAGAUAUGUAUAAGCUGAAGUUUGACAUUCAUGCUGACAGCGAAGAUGUCAAAGUGAUACCAACAGUUCGACCAACUGAAUAAAAUAAAGACAAAGGACAAUUUAUUAUUAUUUUCUUUGCUAACACAAACAUCAUUCCUAUUUUAAUUUAAAAAAAAAUGUAUACUGUUAUUAUUGUAUUAUUGUUGAAAUAGUAAUUUCUAUUUGUUAAAUUAUGUACUACACAGUAUGAAGUGUUUUAGUUGUUGUUACUGUAAAUAAAAAUAUAUAAAAAAGUUAA